AAAUCAUCCCUAAAUAACCAAAAUUAGAAAACCCCAAGAGAAAACCCCAAUAUCCCAUUCUUCUUCUUCUGAGUUCUAACCGUAACUCUCCAUUUUGCAAAAGUACAAAGUAUUUUGGCUGAUUGCUGUCGUUUCUAAUGAGGGGUCAGAAAAGGAAAACACCAUUGCCGGAAAACAAGUAUUUAACACCAGAUCUAUGGAAUGAGGUCUUACUUAGGUCGCCGGUGAAAACCCUUUUACGAUUCAGGUGUGUUUGUAAAUCAUGGUUUUCUUUAAUUGAUUCUCCUGAUUUCAUUUCUAUGCAUCUCAAAAUGUACAAGAACAAUCAAUUAUUAGCAAUUGAAUAUGCACCCAAAUCAUUACUAGAUUUUGCAUUUAUAAUUCGUCGCAGUGAUACUACAAUUAGAAAAAUUGCUCAACUUGUUAAGAAUUCGGAAUCCCCAAUGAUUUCUGGAAGUGUUAUGAUUGAUGGGUUGAUGUUGAUUGGCUGUUUUACUUUGCGCGGUUCCCAUUUGAAUACAAGAGAAUUGAGUUUGUGGAACCCCUCCAUCAGAAAACUAAUGUCGAUUCCCUGUUGCCCUCUUCAACCUAAGUUUUAUGAUGUUGGUUAUUAUCUGGGAUUUGCCCCUUCUAGUAAGGAUUAUAAAGUAGUUGCUUAUGAGCUUGGUGAUUCUGAUGCUUUCGAGUUGUCAAUUGCAAUUGCAAUUUAUUCAAUUCGUGAUCGUCUUUGGAGGGUUAAAUCCAACUGGAAUAAUGUUCCCAGAUGGUGUUUUGAUUUAAUGAAGGCCAGGAAUGGGGUUGUUUUUUCCCAAGGAGUUUUGUAUUGUAAACCUUAUUUUAGGUUCCUAGAAUGUCUAGGAGUAGAAGAGAAAACCCAUCUUCUUUCUUUCGAUUUUGAUUCUGAAGAAUUUGGUGUUCUAAAGCUUCCAGAUAUUGGGGAAGAUAUGCGUCGGUUCCUUUUCCUCCUUGGUGGUUCAUUAGCCAUUUUCGGUAUUUCUAAUGUAAGAGCUUCUGUUUGGGUAAUGGAAAAGAGUCCCGGAAAGGAGACAUGGUGCCAAUUCUCUUCUGGAGAUUCUGAUAUAGAGGCCUAUGAAUUCUUCGAUCUUUGUUCUGGGAAAAAUUUACAGUUUCUGUAUGUUGAAAAUACCGGUACAUUGUUGGUACAUAACCUUAGCAAACUGAUGUUUUAUGACAUUACAAGUCAUCAAGUACGACAUAAGAAACAUUUUCAUUGUUCAUAUCCCGAUACUUAUCGGGAGAGCUUGGUGUUGCACAAAGGAUACGGAGGUGCAAUUUUCAACCUCACUCACAUAAAAGGCACACUAUAUCAUAGAAUGGCUGAUUCUGGAGAUGACAGCUUUUCUGGUGUAAAUGGGUUAGGAAAUGGAGAAGCACUGAGUUAAGGUAGUGAAUUUUAGUAAACUUCAUUGAUUAGCACGGAGUAUAGGAAUAGAAGCUGGUGGAAAAGGGCAGAUGAAUUGACACAGACGUGGACUACAAUGUUUCUGAUUCCUCUGGAUAUCCUUAGAUCAUCUCAGCAAUCCUAAGACUUUGCAAACAUGCAUCUAGUUUUUGUAUUUGGACUCACCCAUUUUUAGCAAAUGGAGAAUCAUUGGCUUUACCCAAGGAGAAUGCUAGUUUGCUACCACAUUUUCAUGUAUUUUCUUCAUUUGCUUCAUUUUCCCACCACUUUGGUAUUAUAAUACAUUUCCAGGUGUAUGGCCAAGUUGACAGAGAUUCCUGAUUUUCGAUUUCUUCCCUAGCUAGAUGUGAAAAGUUUCAAAUCACACACUUAAUGCCUGCAGAUGAUUUGUUAAUGUUUUUGUACAGCUGAUGUUACUUCGAUGAGUCUCUUAUAUGUGGCUUUUUUUAAGUUCGCAAAGUCUUCAUUCUUCAUUAUGUGAAUAGAAGAAUCGGUUUAUAGCUGUGUUAUUAGCUUGAGAUUGUAGGAACAUGCUAACACUAAGAAAGAAAGAAAGCCCACUCGUGUAAGUUUAGCUGUGAGAAUAUCAGUGACAUUAUUAUCAAAAUAUAGCAAACUGAAUGAUUUUUUAAAAAAAAAUAUCAUUAUUAUAUUUAAUAGGCAAUUGUCAAUCGAUUUCUUAUUUAGUUUUUACAAAGUUAGCUUAAUAUUGAUUUUGUCAUUGAUUACAUAUUGAAAUUUAACAUGUUUUUGGCGUUUUGCUAAUAAGCAGUAUAUUGAUUUGCCACAUGUUCACACAUUCAAUAUUUAUUGGGAUAUUACUUGAUGUAUUUAAUUGUCAUAAUUUGAUUUAUUUUAUACCCCAUUCUCGGAAAUUCUUUAAUAUAGGAUAGAUAUAAGUCCAGAAUUCUUGACCAGACCCAAUUAGAGCUGGCAUGGGCUGGGCGAACACGCGGUUUGCUCGUGUCCGAUGCAAAAUUGGUCUGUUCCGGGACAAGCCCAUUACAAAUCCGGCAUGGCACGAGAGGCAUGGUUAUGGGCCAAGGGUUGUGCGUGAACCUCAUUUUAGAAAUUUGGCACGAGCACGACAGACCAGCCCGUAUGUCGACACACUUAUUUUUUAAGCUAAAUAAGUAAGUGAGCUUGUAACACGGCAUGAUUUGGCUCGACACAACACGUGGACGGGCUGUGCAUGGACCUUAUUUUAUGAAAGAGAGACCCGAGCCCACCAUGGCAUGACUUUCUCUUAGUCCAUUCUAUGUACAGCCCGUUAGGGCCCGACACAACUUGACACAUGCCCAACUGUAAACCCAUUUAUUUUGUGUUGGGUUAGUGUGUCGUGUUAAAAGCUGGCCUAUUUAAGACAUAAGAGUUAAGGAGUCACAAUUGGAAUUGCGAUUUAUCUCGAAAACCCUCCUCGUUCUCUCUGAAACCUUUCAGCAAUCCAGUCCAAAUGUCCAAUUCAGUCAACAUGAGUAGCCGGGAAAGUAUAAAACGGUGCACCACAUCGCCGGAAAACAACUAUUUACCACCGGAGUUAUUGCGCAAAGUCUUCGCAAGGCUGCCAGUGAAACCCUACUACGAUUCAGGUGCGCCUGUAAAAAUUGGUGCUCUGAAAUCGAUUCCCCUGAUUUCGUUCUUAUGCAUUCUAGACUCUUCGAGAACACUCGUGACCAAACUCAAAUUAUACUAGCCGAGGAAUAUGUAACACAAUCUAGAAUACGGGGGCGCAAAAUCACAAUAUGUGUCAGGAAAACUGCCCUAAUUAUGAAAACCUCAAAACCAUGCACGGUCGUUGGUAAUUGUAAUGGGUUGGUGUUGUUGGUAGACUAUGAAUCAGAGGGGAAAUUGAGAUUGUGGAACCCUUCUAUUAGAAAAUCCUUGAUACUUCCCCCUUCCCCACUUACUUACUUUUAUGCACCGUACUAGCUAUCAUCUGGGAUAUUCCCCUUUCUGUAAUGAUUAUAAGGUGGUUGUCUUUGGGGUUGAUAUUGGUGGAUUCUGGUUCGAAUUAGCAUCGUCAUUCGCAGUUUAUUCGGUUAAUGAUAACCUAUGGAAUAUCAAACCAAUUCCGACCAAGUUUCCGUUUCCCCAUUCGUAUGUGUAUUCGCUUUUGUAUAUAUCUUCUUGUUUUUGUCAAGGGGUAUCACAUUGGAUGGUGUGUGAUACAAAUCUACGUACGUCCUAGAAGGGUCAAUGGGGGGAGGAACCCAUGUUCUUUCCUUCAACUUCGAUACCGAGGAUUUUCUCAAUGUGGAAUUGCCGGAUGCUACUGGGAAUCUAGUUUUCAAGUGCCUUUUCAUCCUUGGUGAAUCUGUGGCAGCUUUUGGCAUAUCUUGUUCAAAUUGUUGCAUAUGGGUUAUGAAUAAGGAUGGUACUGGUGGAGAGAAGCUAUGGAGUCUGAGGUUUACUGGAGAUUCUUGUUAUGAUGCUUACUCGUUCUUUAGAAGUUACAGUUUUGAUAAGAGUUUCUAUGAUGAACAUAGUGGUAAACUAUUUACAAUGACGACACUUGCGUUUGGGGAUGUGCAAAUGGUGUCUUACGACGUUAAAAGCCAUAAAGUACAUCGAUGGGGGAAAUCUAUUCGGCCUUAUUUGGAUUUUGGAUUACGUGGAUACUUAUGUAGAGAGCUUGGUGUUGUUUAGAGGAGUCGAGGGCCAAACGUUGACAAUUUGACAUCAUUCCCAUGAAAUGGUAGAUUCUAGAAGAUCAAAGGUAAAUACAAUGUUGGCUUACAAGUUGUUUGUAUGCUUUCAUGAUGUAUGGGUUACUUAUAAUGCAUUGUUCUUUGAUAAUUUGAAAUCCAACAUUGUUCUUGUUAUGCAGAUGCAACCUUCUAGUAUUGGUACUUGGUAGGUCCUGUUAUUUUCCAGAUUUGUUAAGUCAGUAGCAGUUGUACUAAUUUAAUGGUUGACAGUCUUGACUCUUGAGACUGCAAUACUGGAUUGGUUUUUUCAGAGUUUUACAAAUAGACAAACAGAUGCUGUUGAUAGAUAGUACGAAUGCUUGAAUCUGAUAGUUGUUUCUUUUUCGCCAUUUUCUGGUGUGUUCCCUCUUCCAAAUCUAGCUAGCCAAAGUCUGAUUUCUGAAACUGAGAAACCUCAGCCGGAAAACACCAUCAGGAGCAGCUACUGAGUUUAUCAGGUGGUAAUCAGGCGUUGACUUGACUAGUUAUGGCCUGACAUGACUUAAAGGAAAGAGUGUAAGCUUUGGCAUAUGUUUGUACUCCGUACAUGAUAAUGCAUGGUGAAUCAAGUUCUUAUCUUAUGUUCUCCUUUCUCUUUUAGAUGCAUGACAUGACAUGCCAACCAGUCAUACUCAUGGGAUUCCACAUGUAGGCAUUUAAGCAACCACAUACAUUUGUUUCUAAAUUUACAUCAAAUACGUCUUCUUCAUGAUUAACUUUAAAUUUUAAUGUAGGUCAACUUGUUUAGUUAUUAUAUUACUCAUUUCUUCUAGACCCCUAAGAAUAGUUCAUCUUAAUUACAUAUAGCAUUAUGACGCCAUCAGGCCCGUCACAAAGCUUUUCUGCCUUGACUUUUUCCUAAAACCCUUUGCAAUACAUAGCAGCCUCCUAAUCCACUCCAUCAACGAGAGGAUUGAUUUCCUUUUCAUUCCUCACAUAUUAUUAAAACUCUCAUAGUAGUCGUUGAAAAUAUACCAAACUCAUGCAUUCCUUGAUCUCUAGAAUGUUGGAAUUCCUUCCAAAUAGUUGAAUACCUCCACAUUAAGUUCACUUAUUGUCUCCAGUAAGUUUUGCAAUGAUGCUAGCUAGCACGACAAAAUAAAAAUUUCUUCAACCGGUCUUAAAGGUUGUUUCUCGCAAAUACUUUUUUUGAAGGUCUAGAAUUACCAAAAAAUUUAUAAUAGGUUGUUUCUCGCAAAGUCAAACAUAUAAAAGGUCUUUUGGCAAAUUUUUCAAGAAAGAAAAUCACAGGAGACCUGCAGGAUACCGUCAAGGUCGAAAAGGCACGUUUUCUUAACUGGAUCAAUCGCUUUGUCAGAACUCUAACGUUGCUUGCUUCACUUCAUCUCGCCUAUAAUUCAAUAGUAUGGCACAUUCCUGCCGUACGAAAAUUAUAACGCGACUCAACUGUGAAAUUGUGAAAGCCCAUGGGACAAGCAUUGACAACACCAAGCCAUGGGCUGGCACAAAGCCUGAUUUCAUGACCAUUAAUAUUAUCCGAUAUGACCCGAGUUAUUUAAUCUCGACCCGACAACCCAUGACUGACUGCGAACCCAAUUUGAGGGUCAAAAUUAGAAAAUCCAAGGAGAAAACCUUAUUCUCUCAUUCUUCCUCUUCUAAACUUCUAACCGUCACUCUCCAUUUUGCAAACUUGUAAAGCAUUUUGGCUGGUUGUUAUCCUUUGAAAAAAUGAGGGUUCGGAAACUGCGAACACCAUUGCCGGAAAACAAGUAUUUAACACCAGAUCUAUGGAGUGAGGUCUUGCUUAGGUCGCCGCCGAAAACUCUCUUACGAUUCAGGUGUGUCUGUAAAUCAUGGUGUUCUUUAAUUGAUUCUCCUGAUUUCAUUUCUAUGCAUCUCAAAACUUAUAAGAACAAUCAAUUAUUAUCAACCGAACGUAUACCCAAAACACUAUUCGAUAAUGUAUUCGUAAUUCGUCGAAGUGACACUACAACUAGAAAAAUUGCUCAACUUGUUAAGGAUUCGGAUUCUGAAUCCUUUAUGAUUUCUGAAAGUGUUGAUGGGUUAAUGUUGAUGCGCUGUUAUGGUUCGAAUUGUUCGAAUUCAAAUGAGUUCAGUUUGUGGAACCCUUCUAUUAGAAAAUUAAUUCCGAUUCCCCGUUGCCCUCUUAAAAUUAAUCAGUUUCAUAUUGUUACAUAUCAUUUGGGAUUUGCACCUAUCAGUAAGGAUUAUAAGGUGGUUGUAUUUGAGCUUGGUGAUUUGAAUGCUUCCAAAUUGUCUAUUGCAAUUUAUUCGGUUCGUCAUCGUCUUUGGCGGAUUAAACCCAACUGGAGCAAUUUCCCCAAGUGGUGUUUAGAAUUAAUGCAGGCUAGGGAUGGGGCUGUUUUAUUCCAAGGGGCUUUUUAUUGGAGACCUUGUUAUCAUGAGUACUCGAAAUAUCUAGGAGAAGAAUCAAAUACCCAUCUUCUUUCCUUUGAUGUUGAAUCCGAAGAAUUUAGUUUUCUAAAGCUGCCGUAUAUUGGGGAAGAAAUGCGUAAGUUCAUCUUUCUCCUUGGUGGGUCAUUAGCUCUUUUUUGUAUUUCUAAAUCAGAAGCUUGUAUAUGGGUAAUGGAAAAGAAUUGUGGAAAGGAUCCGUGGCGACAAUUCUCUUCUGGAGAUUCUGAUACAGUUACCUACGAAUUCUUCGAUAGUUGUUCUAUGCAUAAUUUGCAUUUUUCGCACAUAGAAAAUACCGAUGUGUUGUUGAUACAUUACUUUAACAAACUGAUGUUUUAUAACAUUAUAAGUCAUCAAGUACAACAUAGAAAACAUUUCCGUUGUUCACAUAUGGAUAUUUAUGUGGAAAGCUUGGUGUUGCACAAAGUAUAUGAAGGUGAAAGUGAAACUUCAAGCUCACUCGUAUUAAAGGGACAGUAGCACAGAAUGGCUGAUUCUGAGAGGUGACAGGUUAGCAGCCUUCAAAUAGGUGCAUCCAGAACUCGAAUUGUUCCUUUCGGCAUCUUUUUCACAUCUAGCAAAUAAGACAACUGAGUGUGAGAUGAAGCAUCACUGCAGCCGAACUUAUGGCCAGUAGUCUGAUCCGGGCCAAUUACUAAGGUCAAAGUGAAUUUCAUUUGGAGAAGUGAUUCUGUUUAUAUUCUGUCAAAGUAGAACCUUGAUGAUAUGUUUUUUUUUCAUAAAAACUUUGAGAUCUUCUAGAUGAUUUUAAGUUUUCUUGUUCAAUCUUUGAAGGCAGAAAGGGUACUAUGUUCUAGCAGGGAUUCAUAUUUUCAGCUUUUGUUGUUUGUUGCCGAAUUAUUUGUCUUUUGGUAAUGGCAUUGUACAUCUAUGACGUCUUGAGUUGAGGUUGAAGGUAGUUUUUGUGAUUUGGGUAAA